UAGACCAGCACCAGCUGAGGCGAUAGAUUUUCUCCCGACACCGCGUCGCAGCCCCCGUCGCUAUCUCUCACACAGACGCACAGUCACGUGCCCGUGAGCUUCUCGUCGCUCUAGGAAAGACGCGCUCGCUCGCUAGCUCUCCUUGUCCUCGGCUCGGCUGCAAGAUGGGCGGCGCCGUCGUUUGCUCAAUGCUGGUCUUGUCGGCGCUGCUGGCGCUCGCCGCCUCGCAGUCGCCGUCCACGGUUCUGUCGCCGGCUCAGAGCGCGUCGCGGCCCCCGACGGCGCCGGCCGCCGCGAGGCCUUCGUUCCCGUCGCCUGCGGCGCCAGCUCCGAGGCUGUCGCGGCCGCCAACCCCGGCCGCGAAACCGUCGUCACCGCCACCCGCGGCGCCAGCUGGGAAGUCGUCACCGACACCGUCUCCGAGGCCGGCUCCAACGAGGUCUCCUCCGCCAGUGGCGACACCACCGGUGCCAAGAGCGUCACCUCCACCUGGAGCCUCGCCAGCUCCAAGGCCACCCUCUCGACCUGCAAUGGCGCCGGCUCCUAAACCAUCCCCAUCUGUCGCGCCGGCGCCAAGGCCAUCGUCUCCUCCACCUGCCACACCGGCACCACCAGCUCCUCCUCGGACGGCUCCGAAGCCGUCCCCGCCCUUGGCUCCGAGACAGUCUCCAACACCGGCGGCUUCACCGCCACCACCUGCUCCCCCGCAGCCUCCGUCGAAGUCCACGCCGACGAUGUCCUCCACACUGGGCCAGCUCUCGCCCAGCUUCUACGCGCAGUCCUGCCCGGGCGUUGAGCUGGCGGUGAGGGAUGUCGUUAGGUCGGCAUCCACCCUGGACCCCUCCAUUCCCGGCAAGCUUCUUAGGCUGGUCUUCCAUGACUGCUUCGUCGAGGGAUGCGAUGCAUCGGUGUUGAUACAAGGUAACGGUACUGAGAGGACCGAUCCUGCAAAUCUCUCACUUGGUGGGUUCAAUGUCAUCGAUGCAGCAAAGAGGUUGCUAGAAGUCGUGUGCCCUGCGACUGUUUCUUGCAGUGACAUUGUCGUCCUCGCUGCAAGGGAUGCUGUUGUGUUUACCGGAGGACCGGCGGUGCCUGUGGCCCUGGGAAGACGAGACGGCCUCGUCUCAUUGGCAUCCAAUGUCCGAAGAAACAUCAUCGACACGGGUUUCUCCGUCGACGCCAUGGCGGCCAGCUUCACCGCCAAGGGGCUCACCCUGGACGACCUCGUCACCCUCUCAGGCGGCCACACCAUCGGGUCGGCGCACUGCAACACGUUCCGGGAGCGGUUCCAGGUGGCGAACGGGAGCAUGACGCCCAUCGACGGGUCGAUGAACGCCGACUACGCGAACGAGCUGAUCCAGGCGUGCGCGGCGGCGAACGGCGCCGCGUCGGCGGCCACGGCCGUGGACUGCGACUCCGGGUCGGCGUCCGUGUUCGACAACCGCUACUUCGCGAACCUGCUGGACGGGCGGGGCCUGCUGCGCACGGACGCCGUGCUGGUGCAGAACGCCACGACGAAGGCCAAGGUGGCGGAGUUCGCGCAGAGCCAGGACGGCUUCUUCGCGAGCUGGGCCAGCUCGUACGCCAGGCUCACCGGCCUCGGCGUGAAGACCGGCGCCGACGGCGAGAUCCGGCGGACCUGCUCCAGCGUCAAUGGCUGACGAAUCCGACGGUGCAGAAACUUAUAUGUUGUAGAGCAAGGAAAAGUGAGGUGAGUGAGGAGGAUGAGAUUGGUUAUAUUCCUUUUGUUGAUGUAGCUGGUGCUGGCUAGUUUGCUGUUGAUGGCCCGGUGAUGCUUCGGUGAGCUAGUGAGGUGUUCUUGUGUAGGUGGCGUCACCGUUUUUUUUUAGUGAAAAAAAAGGAGCGAAAAGAAAAUGCAGAAAAUUGUGUAGAUGACGUGUCUGAUCUGCAACGCAGUUUUACGUA